AAUUCAAGCCUGGAGAGAUCAGCCAUUACUUGUUUGUCUAAAUUGUUUUAGAAGCGAGUUUCCACUCUUAGGACAAGAUUUGCUUCCCUUGCUAAAUGCUCCAGAAUCAAGUGUUAAAGUUGUUCCCUAGUUUGAUCUGUGUUGCUGUCUGCUUACAAAUUCUGCUUGCGCAGGCAGCAGCUACAGCAGAGAGGGGCAGAAUCGGUCAGAAAUGACCCGGGCAACUCCUGAGCCUUUCAUACAAGACUACAAGGGAGAGAGAGAAAGGGAAAAGCUCCCCAAGCAUCAAGAGCUUUCCAGCCAUAUGUGCGUAAAAUUUUCUUCCCAUGCCACGUGACAAAGGAAGAGGAGCAGACCCAUUACACAAUAAUAAAAAUAUGCCUUUGGCAAUGUUGAGCCAAAACCUGGAGCUGCUGCGGGAAGCUAGCAAUCCGCACAAACAGGAGUAAAACACUAACAAAAAGAAAGACUGAAGUCAAUAUUGCACACCCCUCAGAAGGAUGCUGUUGUGGCAGGACGGGGCUUCAGAUUUGUGCGUGACAGCGAUCUGCAGCAAAACAUCUGCUUAAAAUUGUGUAGGUUUCCAGUGCCUGUCAAGAUCUCCCUGAAGAGACCAGUCGCGGCUGUGCCAUGAUCUCUGCUGUCCUCCUCCUCUGGACUGUGCCCUGUGUGGCAAACCACAUCCUCGGGGGCUUUGCCAAGGGAGUGCUGCAGGAAGGUCCCCAGCUGGCAUGCAGCCUGCCAGGACCCCCUGGGCCACCCGGCCCCCCCGGUGCCCCUGGGGCUCCAGGAACAGUCGGCAGGAUGGGCUUCCCAGGGAAAGAUGGCAAGGAUGGCAAGGAUGGGGAUAAAGGCGAGCAUGGUGAUGAAGGUCCACAAGGCAGAACAGGAAACCCCGGCAAGCCAGGACCAAAGGGGAAAGCAGGAGCUAUUGGCAAGGCAGGCCCACGAGGGCCCAAGGGUUUAAAAGGUAAUCCUGGAAAAAACGGUGCACCAGGAAAGAAAGGGCCCAAAGGGAGCAAGGGUGAGACCGGGAUGCCAGGACCCUGCACCUGUAAUGCCAACAAAGCCAAAUCUGCAUUCUCCGUGGCAGUCUCAAAGAGCUACCCAAGGGAAAGGCUGCCCAUCAAAUUUGACAGGAUCCUGAUGAAUGAGGGAGGACAUUACAAUGUUUCCAGUGGGAAAUUUAUAUGCAGCAUCCCAGGUAUUUACUACUUCACUUAUGAUAUCACUUUGGCAAACAAACAUUUGGCCAUUGGCUUGGUCCACAAUGGGCAGUACCGGAUCAAGACUUUUGAUGCCAACACUGGGAACCAUGAUGUUGCCUCUGGAUCAACCAUCCUUUCCCUGAAGCAGGAGGAUGAAGUAUGGCUGCAGAUCUUUUACUCGGAACAAAAUGGGCUCUUUUAUGAUCCCUAUUGGACAGACAGCUUAUUUACUGGCUUUCUGAUAUAUCCUGAUCAAGAUUACCUCAAUGAAAUAUAGGAUGAGAAACUAGUCUGUGGGAAAAAAUAGGAAAUGCAUGAGACCUCAGACCAGCAAAGGGUAGCCUGUACAUGGACAUGUGUGGGAUUAUCAUACGAUUCCACAUUUUUGGCACUAACAGCCUUUAUCAGCUAUUUCAACAUUUACUUGAUGUCAGCAACUAGACCACAGGGUACCAGGACUCGCCUUUAAGCAGCCUCAUGAAUCUCUCAAUCUCAAAGCCACCCAUUACGUUUUCCAUUAUUAUUCCAACACACCAUGGACAUGUAACUCAAAUAUUGGUGCAGAGUGCUUUAUUAUAUUGUUAUUAUAAAGCAUGGAGACCAACAACCAUUUCCUGAAAGCUGAGCUCAGAAGUGCCAUUGAUGCUGGAGAUUGUACCACUGUGCCUCCUCCCUCUACAUCCCAUAACAUAAUAGUAAUAAUCCUUGUUAAUACAGUUACACUUUACCAGCUACUUAAGAGUCAGGAAAUUGUCAGCUAAAGUUAUAAAAGUAAAAGUAGCUUUCAGCCUCUUCAAAGAAGUACUAAUAAGCAAAGGCAUCCCGCCUAAAUAGGAAGCGACAUGAAAAGGAGAGCUCAUUUUUAAGGUUACUGGUGAGGCUCCUCGUAAGACACGAGCUGUUGCACUGAGCACCACUGGUGUUUCUCAGGUUUCAGCCUCAAUAUGCUGGCGCUGGAGCCCUGCAUCUGGUUUCAGACAAGCAUUGGUAAACUGUGACCAGAGCCUAAACUGGAUUCCACAACCCAAAUACCUGUAGGCCUCCGAGCCACAGUGGAGGAUAAACUUUGCAGAUCUCAACUUUGCAGAGAAGUCUCAACUGUCAAAGACAGCAUGAACCUUCACUCCAGAAACAGAUUCAUUAAUAAUCACCUUCCUUCAUCCGUGCCAGCUUUCGCUGGAAGAAGAUACAUGUGGUGCUGUGGAGAUCCUCCUCAAGGGCUUAAUGCUACAGCUAGACCCUAUCUUACUGCUGCUUUCCUUUUUUGAUGUUGUAAAUCAAAUAUUACAGAUGUGCCAAAAAUCGAUGCUUUGGUUCUAAACUGAAGGGAAAAAAAACCAGAAAUGUCAAAAGCUGAACUUUUGCUCAGCUGAGCUUUUUGCUUUUGCUAAGCUUAGCAAUUUUUUUUCCUCCUCUGUAUCAGCUAAUACUGGGACAUGCUCCAAAAUAGCUUUAUAGCAGAACUCUGCUCUGGUAAUAGUGAGCAGCCACUCAGUCUGGCUGCCUUGCCCCAGGCUGUCCAACACCCCUGUAGCAGAGUCCGCUCCCUCUCUGUAGCCAGAGGGAGAGAGUCUCUUCCUUGCUAUCAGAGGCACCAUCUUAGUUUCCAGUCAUGUUUCUCUUCUUUAUCACUUGGUGAAAACUCUCAUGAACUCCCAGCUCCUCUAAUCCUCAUAUUUGGGCACUGAAGGGAUAUCCCAUAAGAAAAAAAGGGUUGGGUUUUUUUUAAAUCUUACUUCUACAAGUCAAAAUAUUUGCAUGAUUUUCAUGAACUACAGGAAUUAUGUUAUAUCUUACAAGAAUCUUCAAAUACAUUUGAUAAAAUAAAGCUGAACAAAAGUA